UUACACAGCUAGAAUCCUGUCUAGAGCAGACGUGCCACUGAGACGCUAUAGUCUCAGUUCAAUUUUCCCCUGCUGGGUGUACGCGGCGAAGAUGUGGUUCUUAUUGCUGACCGCGGGUAUAACGGUAUCCGCGCUGCAAAUUGGUGCCGCAAAACACGGCACACGACAAGGUAAUAUGGUCGUAAUGUUCAAUGACGGAAAGUGGAGUUAUGUCUGUAUGAAUGACGUCGUUGGCGCUGACGCACUCCCAAGAGAGCCUAGGAUACCGUGCAGAUGGAUAGAUGUCACUAGAGGCAACUACGAGACCUCCGCAUUCAACGCCGAUGACAUAGAUGAGCAUAGCUUCCAACAUGUCUUUGGACACAAAGAAGGAAAGAAUAAGCACAAACGCGACAACAAUAACCCACACCUUGCCAGGGGAUAUCCUGCAACCCAGCAACGUAAAACUCGUCACAAGUCGCCAAAAGAGCCAAAACCAAAUCCUGAUCCAAACGAAACUCAAACAGUUCCCCAGAACCCCUGUGACCCAAACCCGUGUCCCAGAGACGCCAAAGGUAAUCCGGUGUAUUGUCGUGUGAAAUCUAAAGAGGGGACGUACGAAUGUAGAUUACCAAAAGACACGUGCGCUAUAGAUGGAGAACUCUUGAAACUGAACGAGAAGAGAGUAAUUGGGUGCAAAACUUGUACGUGUCUUAAUCCGGAUAUGAAAGAGCCGUUCUGUAUUAAUACGCACUCGUGUCAGAUUUGGACCCUGGAUAUGAUUCCACCUGGGUGUCAGCUUAUCACACCUCCUGGGAAAUGUUGUCAGGAACUCGACUGUAGCGGGUCUGGGGCAGCCACUGCUGUAUCAACCGCGACAGUCCCUACGACGCCAUCUAUCGUCACGAGUACAAUGGCUACGGCGUCAUCUACCCUGGCUCCCAUUAAUCCAUGUGAUCCAAACCCGUGUCCCAGAGACGCCAAAGGCAACCCGGUAUAUUGCCGUGCUAAACCUAAAUAUGGGACGUACGAGUGUAGAAUACCAAAGGACAAGUGUGUUGUGGAUGGGGAACUCUUGGCACAAAACGAGAGCAGAGUAAUUGGAUGCAUAUCUUGUAUCUGCCGUCUGCCAAAGCCAGUCUGUAGAAGCAUUAUUUGUCAGUUAUGGACCCCGGAUAUGAUUCCACCUGGGUGUCAGCUUAUAACACUUCCUGGGAAAUGCUGUCAGGAACUUGACUGUAGCGGGUCUGGAGCAGCCAAUGCUGUGUCAACCAGGACAGUCCCUACGACGCCAUCUAUCGUCACGAGUACAAUGGCUCCUAAGAAUCCAUGUGACCCAAACCCAUGCCCCAAGGACCCUAAAGGCAACCCGGUACAAUGUCAUUUAAAACCUAAAGAGGGGACGUACGAGUGUAAAAUGCCAAAUGACACGUGUAUUGUUGAUGGGUGGCUCUUGGCAGGGGACAAAAGGAUGGUGAUUGGGUGCAAGUCUUGUGUUUGCCGUCUUCCACACAUCAAAGAGCCAGUCUGUAGUAGCAUAUGUAAGUCAUGGACCCCAGACAUGAUCCCACCUGGGUGUCAGCUUAUCACACCUCCUGGGAAAUGUUGUCGGGAACUCGACUGUAGCGGGUCUGGGGCAGCCAAUGCUGUGUCAACCAAGAUAAUCCCUACGGCGCCAUCUAUCGUCACGAGUACAAUGGCUACGGCGCCAUCUACCCUGGCUCCCAUUAAUCCAUGUGACCCAAACCCGUGUCCCAGAGACGCCAAAGGCAAACCGGUAUAUUGCCGUGCGAAACCUAAAGAUGGGACGUACGAGUGUAGAAUAGGCCUACCAAAGGACACGUGUGUUGUGGAUGGGCAACCUUUGGCACGAAACGAGAUGAGAGUAAUCGGGUGCAAGACUUGUAUUUGUUUUGAUCCGCGUGCCAAAGAGCCGUUCUGUUAUGAAACGUAUUCUUGUCCUCUGUGGACACCUGAUAAGAUACCAUCUGGCUGCCAACCUGUCAGACAACCAGGGAAAUGUUGCCAAGAACUUUAUUGUAACCAACCAACCACAACCACUUAACCAACCACAACAAAACCCACCACCACAACUACACCAACCACAUCCACAACAGAACCCACCACCGCACCCACACUAA